AUGGCACCAGCGCAGCUUGUUCAUGUUGACAAAGAGAAGAAGCGCAUCCAAAGUAUAUUGACUUUUGCAGCGGACCUAGAAGCUCAACUCCCUGCCGUCGCAUCGUCAAGAACACCUGGAACCCUUCUCAGCGAGCUUGAAAAACACAUAGCUUCAUUUCCUAAGGGUUCUAGUCCAGCUGCCGCCUCAAGGUGCGAAGAGAUUGACACCGCCGGCACAACUCUUUGGAAUCUUUGCACACGACUCCUUCGAGGUCAUGAGCCUGACAGCCCAAAGGAUAGUCCGGUCAUUCUAGUCACCGCACGCGUCCUUGCAUUCCUGCUGUUGAAUCAUGCCUACCAGAAUGGAGAUAAAGCGGCUGGAGAUAUCUUGAGAAUGAUGAAGGUUGGGAUCAAGGCCGCGAAGUCAAGUCUAAAGCGAAAAGACACACACCUCUCCGUGAGAGUUCUUGAAAAGGUUGCCCAAUAUGAAGAAGCACUUAAACUACCUCAACAAAAUCUCCCCUUAGAUGAUGUCGAAGAUCGUGAGAGACUGUGCGCAGAGUACUUCGUCCUUCGAACAGCUUUAGCAUGGCAUCAAAAGCAGUUCGAUGUUGCAGAACACAUGUAUACAAGAUCCAGAUCCUCAGAAAGAGUCUUCGACCCUCACACAGCAGAGAGCUUGGCAGAUAUUCUUUACGAGAUGGGAAAGGAUCUACUGGAAACUCAGCAGUAUUCUAUGGCCGUCAAGUGGUUGGAACGAGCCUACGAGGCAUUAGAAAGUCAGGAACUCGACAGGCUUAGUAUAAACGCCAGCGAACUUCGGAUUUCAAUCAUACAGUCAUCUGUAAAGGCGUUACUAGGAUUGAAAGACGACUCCUCCCUGGGAAAAGCUCGGAACCUCGUCGAUUUACUCCAAAACGAGACUGGAGAUAAAUUGGUCGUUUUACUUUUGAAGUUGGAGCUGUUAACUGCAAGUACGAGGGAGACAUUCGACAGCAAUUCCUAUAGUGAUGUCCUGCAAAGAAUGACGCGGAUCAUGUCUCUCAGCGAUACCAGCUUCAAAUUAAUUAUGUUCCACAUUCUAAAAUUGAAUGAUAAGAGCCCGAGUCUUGCUUGCAAGGCACUCGAGGAUCUUAUGAGGCUUCGGAUUCUCAACAUGGAUAAGGAUGACUGGGUUGAGAAGGUCCUGGUCACUCGGUUGUGGAUGAGUGUCACUCACAGAGAUAGCCCUGAGGCUUUGUCGUCACUGGAAGAAUUCUUCAUCAUGGUUGCGUCGAAUUUAUUAUGGAAGCACAUUGAGUCCAACUACGCCCAGACACAGUACGACAUUGCUGGAAAAUGGUGCCGAUUAGCUAUGCAUCAGAUAUUCGAGAAGUCAGGGGAGCUCAACAUGGCUCGACUAUCGAGAAAGCUCUUACUGUGUGCCUUGGCUAGAAAGGAUAUAAGCAGUGCCAGAGAGAUCUUCGGGUCAAUGUCAGCCGUGUCUCAAAAUGAACCUAUGACUAGAUUCCUGAUGUACAAGAUUGCUUUACGCUCCGGAGACCACGAACUUGCGUCUGAAAGCCUCCAUAUUAUAAGUUCAUCUUCAAAGGAAGACCCUACCCUGUUAUACGCUUGCUGCUUGGACGCUAGAGAGGUUGGAAACAAAACUACUAUGCUGGCAGCGCUUCAGCUCGUCCUUGAAAAGCAUGACUAUGGAGCGCCUAAGAUCAUACACCUGCCAUCACUACUUCGAAUCACUAUAGGUUUAACAGAGUCUUUGCUUGACAAGUCAAAGGAUGUCGAGAUCUUAGUCGAUGCAGAUGCCAUCAUCGAAAAACUGUGCAAGCUUUUCGAAGGGGCCGUGACUUCAAUUCGGAAAACGCCCCCUAGUGGCCAAGGUACUAAUGUAUUGUGGUCUAUUCCAGAACUGAACUGGUAUUCCAAAAACUCAUACAAUCUUGCCCUAAAGCACAUUUCAACCUGGCCUCUGCGGUCUAGCCUGAGGAUGCUCACCUGCUGCGUAGCGUUCAUCGACUACUACCCUAAAGAUAUAAAUGAGCAAAUAGCCGAAGAUCUGUCACUACGCAAAAUGUUCUGUGUGUUCUCCGCUGGAACAGCGCUUGUCGUUCUAGCCCGUGGUGAAGAUAACAAAGAGCAAUCUAUGCAGGACUAUCUCAGUCUACGAAAACAUGUUAGUAGUUUUGACGAACUAUUACAAGAUAAGCUAGAGAAGCUUGAAGAGGGCCCAGCCCAAGACUUGCUGCAAAAACUCUCUGUUCUCUUGGCGUUCGACUUCGAAGCUGCUUGCCAACUGAAGGCGUGGGUCAACCUCCCUGCAGUUGUUGGGAGGGCGGAGAUCUGUAAGAAUAUGCAUGUUUAUGAAUUGAUGGCAGACUGUGUUCUUAAUGCAAAGACUCCUACCCAAGUUCUGGUCAGUACAUUGAAGAAUAUCAUCAAUCAAGCCUGGUGUCUCGAAUCAAUGGACGGUACAAUGUUAGCUAGAUACAUGCGAUGCCUCUUCCAAGUCGCUCUUUCCGACAACGUUGAGAUCGCAGAGCAACUCUUGGACCAAGUGCAACAACAUGCCGAUGAAGCUCAACAUACAGAGCAGCCAUACCCCACAGCGGAGCUCGACUGGAUUGCUAGCAAAGCCUUCAACCAUGCCGUGGACCUUUACUGUGGCGGCCAAGACAUAGACUGCAAGAACUGGGCGAGCAAAGCGCUGAAUAUCGCGCAUUACUGUGCUGAUAACGGAGCGUUGGAGAGGUUGUUCCAGACGAAGUAUGCGGUGUUGAAAUUUGAUGCUUGA